AUGGCCGCCUCGACCAAUGUUGACGGCUCCAGCCAGGCUGGCACGUCGAUGAAGAGGGCUCAUGAUAGCUCUUCGGACUCGGAAGAAUGCUCGGAUGGCGCAGCAGGCGGUCGUCCAGGUGGAAAGGGCAAACCGCUCGACGCAUCCCUAGUUGCCGACAUCUUCAGAUCUCUCGCAGACUUGGUCAAUCACAUGCUCAGCAGUCGAGACUUCGCCGAGAUCAACUUCCCUGAGAUCCUCGGACCCGACUUGUUUCCGAUGUCGGCGUCCAUCUCACUGCGGCAGAAGGGAUCUCGCUCAGUCCGUGACGCCGCUACACAGACGGACUCGUCGUUCGCGACCUCAGCACCUCCCCAACCGGCAUGUGCUUGCAACGCCGACAACGCGCGGUUAUCGAUACUCGUCCCUCCAUGCAAGGUACCUACGCCGCAGCAUUCACCAUCCCCCUUGACGGCUGCCAACGCUGCUCCGUCCUUGAUUUACGUCACCGUCGACGCCUCAUUGGCGGCGCACCUCGCUCCGGCGCUCCCGACUCUUCGAGCUGCCGGCAUCUCGUCCACUAUCGACAUCGCCAACGCGAAGCAGCGGCUUCAGGACGCUAGGCGCGAGAUCCGACGGAGGUAG